CACCAGGAAACCGAAUUGGGAGAGGGAACCUGGAAUAGAGGAAAGGUUUUGGAAAGCUUGGUCUUAAUUUUUUUUUAAACUGUUUGAGAUACAAAAAAAACCUGAAUCAUGUGUUCUGGGAGUUUUGCUAAGUGUUUAGGUAUCACCCUCAUUCCUUUAGCUAUUGUUUCCUUCCUCUGCAACAUCCUGCUGCUCUUCCCUGGAGGUAAACCGGCUGCAAGUAGUGAAAACAUUACAGAUGAGGCCUGGUACUUUGGAGGAAUUUUAGGGUCUGGAAUAUUGAUGAUUUUCCCGGCACUGGUCUUCUUGGGAAUGAAAACCAACGACUGCUGUGGCUGCUGUGGCAAUGAGAGCUGUGGAAAAAGAUUUGCGAUGUUUUUCUCCAUUAUAUUUGCUGCAGUCGGGCUUUUGGGAGCUGGAUAUUCCUUCAUCAUUUCGUCAGUUGCCCUCAAUCGGGGACCUAAAUGUUUAACAAAUGGCACAUAUGGAUACCCAUUUAUUGAGGGUGACUACCUGUCCAACAAAACACUGUGGGGCAUGUGCACGGAGCCUUCAAACAUUGUGACAUGGCACCUAACGCUUUUCUCCAUGCUGCUGAUUAUGGGCCUGGUUCAAAUGGCACUGUGUGCAUUCCAGGUCAUCAACGGCCUGAUCGGCACCAUCUGCGGAGACUGCUGCGGAUGUUGCGGGGGCUCUUAAAUGGAGUAAGCUUCAAGAAAAGAAAUUAAACAUUCCAUGAAGAUAUGAUUAAUGUUGAGUCUACAUGUUCCAGAUUUUUUUAUUUCAUGAUUUUGUUUCUUCAGAUUAAAAAAAAAUUAUUUAUGCCAUUCAGAUAUUUUUGUACAGGUUUACAAUGUAUACUAUGCUUCUUUUGCUUGAUGGUGCUGCUUAUGAAAGCAAAAGAUAAAUCUUAGUAUUUAUAUGUUUUUUAAAAGAUCACUCACAUUUUAACACAAAUUGUGUAUUAAAAAAAUGCUCUUGUUUUUGUAAAAAGAAAUAGAUAAAAAAUAUUUAAAGGAAUCUCUUAUUAGACACCAAAUCUUUUAACACAUGUAACACAUGAAUGUACUACAGAAAGUUAGAAUUAUAUUUAGUAUA